AUGUCGAACGAGCAGCAAACACAGACCGUCCGAAUCACUGUCCUUGCCGCCAACUCCCUUGUGAAACGAGAGGUUUUCAGUCUCCCAGACCCAUUCGCUGUCGUCUCCGUUGACACCGAUCAGACAUACACCACCAGUCCUGUGAAAAAGAGUCUGAGCCCAACUUGGAACCAGCACUUUGAUAUCACCGUUCGGCCAUCUUCUACUAUCACAAUCCAGAUAUUCGACCAAAAGAGAUUCAGAAAGCGAGAUCAAGGUUUCCUAGGGCUUGUUGAGCUUACUGGCCAACAGGCGAUAGACCACACGGCCAACAGUUACAGGCUUAUAACUCACGACCUUCGCCAAUCGUCUACUGGAGUAUCUGUCUACGGGAAGAUGCUAUUUUCGUUCUCGCUUCCGCCAGUCACGAAUACUCCGUCGGAUGCAGGACAAAGCAAUCUAUCACCUAGUGUAUCAUCAAACAGGUGUCUGCGUUCCCGUCAGAGCACACCCAUGCUUCGCCCCGAGUCCUCAACAAGGGUACCCACUCUUCCCCGUGUCCCAUCUCUCGGUCCCCUUGUUAACCGCCGAGGUUCAACUUCCAACCCAGACUCCCGAAUCUCGUCAGAUAGUGCAACAGCAUUAACCAGACCUCCUGUAGCUGUUGCACGUGAGCCUUCUCAUUCUACCUCCAGUACUGUGGACGACGAAGACGAAGCACCCCUCCCUCGAGGAUGGGAGCGUCGUCUUGACGAGCGAAGCGGUCGAGUCUAUUACGUUGACCACAAUAGAAGGAUGACCACAUGGGCACAGCCCGCAGCCACACCUUCUGCAUCUUCUGUUCGUGCUCCAUCAAUCUCGGCGCCGCAGCCGCACGUUCAGAGCCCUACUCGCAGCAGCGGUGGCUAUGUAGAUGUCCCCCUACCGGCAGGGUGGGAAGAGCGUCGAACGCCAGAAGGACGUCCUUACUUCGUUGACCAUCAUACACGCCUGACGACAUGGAUAGACCCACGUACAGUACAGGUCGCUCCCUCCGCUAUCUCUGCGUCCACGAGCGCGAAUGCGAAUAUGGGUCCCCUGCCAUCAGGUUGGGAGAUGCGCCUCACCUCCACUGGCAGAGUGUACUUUGUUGAUCACAAUACCCGCACCACGACCUGGGAUGAUCCAAGAUUACCCUCGAAUCUGGAUUCUAAUGCCCCUCAGUACAAGCGUGAUUACCGAAGGAAGGUGAUCUACUUCCGCAGUCAACCUGCGAUGAACCUGAAGGAGGGAAAAUGCGAGUUGAAGCUACGGAGAAGCCGAGUCUUGGAUGACAGCUUCGCCACUGUCAUGAGAAUGAGCGGAAACGAGCUGAAGAAGAGGCUCGUGAUCAAAUUCGAAGGAGAAGAUGGCUUGGACUAUGGAGGUGUCUCAAGGGAGUGGUUCUUCCUGGUGUCUCAUGAGAUCUUCGACCCAUCCUACGGCUUGUUCCAAUAUUCUGCACACGACAAUUACACCCUUCAGAUGAACUGGAUGUCGGGCAUCAAUCCUGAGCACCUAACGUACUUCAAAUUUAUCGGGCGAUGUCUUGGGCUUGCUAUAUUCCAUAGGCGGUUCCUCGAUGCCUAUUUCGUGCCGAGUUUCUACAAGAUCAUCCUCGGAAAAAAGUCAACAUUGGCUGAUCUCGAAGGUGUCGACGCCGACCUUUACCGCAGUUUAGUGUGGAUGUUGGAAAAUGACAUCACCGAUGUCUUGGACGAGACGUUCACUUCUACGGAAGACCGCUUUGGCGAGAUUGUGGAAGUCGAGCUGAAGCCUGGUGGAGCUAGUAUACCCGUCACAGAAGAUAACAAGAAGGAAUACGUCGAAGCGGUUGUGGAAUACCGUACUAAGACAAGAGUCCGGGAACAAUCACAAGCCUUCAUGCACGGCUUCCAUGAGAUCAUACCUCAAGACUUGAUUGAACUCUUUGACGAGCGAGAACUGGAGCUUCUCAUAGGAGGGAUGUCCGAAAUUGACACCGAUGACUGGAUCCAAUACACUGAUUACCGCGGAUACGAAAAGACGGACAAAGUCAUCGAGUGGUUCUGGCAAUGUAUCCGUAGUUGGCCCCCAGAACGCAAGUCGCGCUUACUGCAAUUUGCGACGGGUACUUCCAGGGUACCUGUCAAUGGCUUCAAGGAUUUACAAGGUUCGGAUGGGCCCCGGAGAUUCACCAUCGACAAGUCUGGCGAUCCAUCACAGCUCCCGAGGAGUCAUACGUGUUUCAACAGGAUCGAGUUGCCUCCUUACGAAGAUUACGAGAGCCUCGAGAAAAAAUUGACGUAUGCCAUCGAGGAAACAGAAGGAUUUGGUGUAGAAUGA